UUUAAUACAGUUUCUUUGUCUCUCUCACACACAGCUUGGUACUUGGAACGAUUUAGUGAGGUUGUCAGCAUCUCUUGGCCGUGGGAGCAUGAUUGAGUCCAGUCAUUCCAUGUAUUCCAUCUUCUGCUGCUGUUGUGGUUGGGAAUCCUGUACCAGUACACAUGUGGAUCUCAAUUCCCGAAGUGGGCAUUGUAACAGAUCUCCAGGAUAUGCUGGCAGGACAGAGCGAUCGAUGAAGAAGCUCCCUCUUCCUCCUCCCGAGAACAUGGAGGGUGAGCAGCAGAAGCUGGUGGCUCUGUAUGACUUCACGGCCACCGAGCGUUCUGACCUGAGCCUGACACACGGUGAAGAGUACACACUCCUCCACAAGCAGGACAGGCUCUGGUGGAUGGUGCAGGAUAAAGACGGGAAUAAGGGCUUCAUCCCCAGUAACUAUGUCACAGGGAAACACAACAUAGAGGCUAACAAAUGGUACUGCAAGAACAUUAACAGAUCUGAAGCUGAGAAUUUACUAAGACAGGAGGGUAAAGAUGGUGGUUUUAUUGUCAGAGAUUCUAGCCAGCCCAACAGCUACACUGUGUCUGUCUACACUAAAGGACUGAGGCAGAGCACGGGAGAUGUGAGGCACUAUCAUAUAAAGCAGACAGACACAGGGCAGUUUUUCCUGGCCGAGAAUUACAUCUUCAGCUCCAUCCCUAAAGUCAUCGAGUACCACCAGCACAACGCUGCAGGUCUUGUAACAAGACUGCGGUAUCCUGUUGGACCAAUGGGAAAGUGUCUCCCUGCUACUGCAGGAUUUAGCUCAGAUAAGUGGGAGAUUAAGCCAUCUGAGCUGACGUUCAUGGAGGAGCUUGGCAGUGGUCAGUUUGGUGAGGUCUACCUGGGCAAGUGGAGAGCUUUGUGCAGAGUUGCCAUCAAAGUUAUCAAAGAAGGAGCUAUGUGUGAGGAAUUUGAAGAAGACUUCAUAGAGGAGGCCAAGAUCAUGACUAACCCUGCACUGAAGAAGACUCUCCAACAGAAGCUGUGCCACCCAAAGCUGGUGCAGCUGUACGGAGUGUGCACCACCGAGCGGCCGCUGUGCAUCGUGACGGAGGUGAUGGAGAAGGGCAGCCUCCUGCAGUUCCUGCAGCAGAGCGGAGACACAAUGAGCAGAGAGAAACUGCUCUCUGUGUGCCAGGACGUGUGUGAAGGCAUGCAGUACCUGGAGGAGAACAACUUCAUCCACCGUGACCUGGCCGCAAGGAACUGUCUGGUGAAUGAAAAUGAUGUGGUGAAAGUAUGUGACUUUGGCAUGACAAGGUAUGUGCUGGAUAACCAGUACACGAGUUCACUGCGCUCCAAGUUCCCAGUGAAGUGGUCUCCCCCCGAGGUGCUUCACUACAGCAAGUACAGCAGCAAAUCUGACGUCUGGUCAUUUGGUGUGUUGAUGUGGGAGGUGUUUUCUGAUGGACGCACUCCAUUUGGGAAUAAGUCCAAUGCUGAAGUUGUGGAGGAAGUGACACAGGGGAGACGUCUCUACAAACCCCACAAAUGCCCCCCCAACAUCUAUGACAUCAUGUUCCACUGCUGGCACGAGAGGCCUCACGGUCGGCCCUCUUUCUCCAGACUACUCCAGAGUAUCAAAGACACAGUCGAGGAAGACAAUCUAUAGGAAAGACAUAAUCAACACCACCACAAAAUACACGAAACACAGCAGCAUGCUACGUCACAGAAAACACCACUCAGCAGCUUGUCAGUUUGAGAGAUGAUAUAUUGUACAUAUAACAUAUUUAUGAGUAUUUUUGUAAUAAAUCAUUUGUAAAGCUUU